AUGGGAGAGGACCUCAGGUGGCUCAUAGACCUGGAGCCUUUCCCGUUGACAAGUGGGAUACAAUUACAGGAUACGGGGCUUUCAUGCAUUGGCAGUAGUGGCUCCGGUUGCAAAUGGAGCAGCGCAACGGAGUACAUAAACUCCACGGGUUCCGACACGUACAUCUAUAUUCCCCUUGGACUUGAGGUUCAGGCCAAGAACAUCACGCGGUUAUUACAGUUUGGCCACAACGUCUUUGCCGGAUUAAUCCUUCGGCAGCUGAAAACGCUAAGCAUCACCUGCACCGAUCCAGUACCGGUGUUCGCACCGUACGUCCUCCAGCCCCUUAUCAUGGCGCUAGCUGCUGCGAACACGGACACCGGCCAAAAUGCAACUGCUUCAGGCACCAAUUCUUCGCCACCGCCGCCGCCGCCGCCCAGCAGUAACACUAACAUUACGCCUGCCAACCACACCUCCGACGCCGCUGUUUCUAAUGUCAGCACGAUUCUUCUGGCGUACUCGCGCCUCUACCGUCGGCCGAACCUUGAGCCAUCCCUGCUCCAAAGCCUCAGCAUCCAGGACUGCGCCCUCACAGGACAGCUACCGCCGGAAAGCUCCUGGCUGCAGCUGCCCUCCCUGGAGCGUUUGGACCUGUCCCGCAACCAGCUGACGGGGCCGCUGCCGGCGACGUUUGGCCCCUCGCCGCCGUUAUCGUACUUGAAUUUGUCACAUAACCGGUUGAGCGGGCCUUUGACAGAUUCGUUGAUGAGGUACGGCGGCUGUGGCCGUACACUGGAUUUGUCGUACAAUGACAUCCGUGGCACGUUGCCAGACACGUGGCUGUCGAGUGCAUGCACCUCGUACGAUAUGAACAGCAUUGGACUGUCGGCGGUGCAGCGGCGGCUCCUACAGCAGGAGGGCGGCCCCGACGGCGGCGUGGCCAAGGUGGCGACGUCUACCAUACUGGCGAGCCGUGCGGCCAAGCCGCUUACCCCCGUCACCGAGGGCACCACUCCCAGCAGUUAUGUACCCACACCCUCGUUAUUCAGCGCCUCCAUAAGUGACGCGUAUGCUUUCUGGCUGUCUUACUCGACGUCUUACAUGUACGGCAGCGAUGGCUGCCCGCUGCUUGGUGUUGCGUGGCGCGAGUCUUCCGCUGGUCGCAUAUACAACGACACCUGGGCGGGCAAUGGCACGGCUGCUGCUCUCACGCCAUUCAAUUUUACGGUCCUGCUGUACGGCAAUCCGAAGCUGUGGACGCCUGGUGGCCAUAGGACGGGCUACGCCAUAGCCGCCAGCCGGUACCUUAGCUUCCACAUUCGCGACAAUGCGUGCACCAUUUUCGAGCCAUUGCUAGACCUUUUGUGGGUGUGGGGAACCUUUGGCACCAUCGCGCUUGCAGUGCUGCUUGCGGCGGUCGCGCACUCGGUGCUGGCCGCCCGUAAGGCGCGUAAGAGGGUGGCGCCGGCCAGCAAGGCCCAAAGCAGGCGCGCGCUAGGGGGCAUUUCGUGGAAGCGGAGCUUGGGUCAGGAGUUUGCAUGGGCAGCCGCUGCGCUGCAGGGCGCUGGUGAUGCUCCUGCGGCUUCACGUGCUGUUGCUCCCGCUGCUGCGGCGACGGUGCCGGUUUCUGGAGAGUCUGCGGUGCCAUUGAGCGGCCCGUCGGGCCAGCGUGUAGGCAACCCCAUGGGAAGCGGAUCCAUGAGGAGCGAUGACCGAGCACGGGAGGUCGGCACGGCUGCAGAAGCGGCUGGGGCAGCGAGCCCCUUUGGCAGCAGAGCUGGCGUCCGCGGGAUGGCGAGCUUAGUGAUUGUUGCACACGCACGGCGGUCCGUACAUAGGUUGAGCCAAUACGGUAACAAUCUGCUGGGUGGGGUGGAGGUCUUUGGUGGCUGGCUGGUGAACGACAUCCCCUGGGGUCCGGUCAUCCGCGCCAUCGUCACCGUCGCCGUACACGUCGGCGCCGCAUUCCUUUGUUAUGCCAUGUCGCUGCCCCAGCGCACCGAAUACUGUACGAGUGUGCGUAAUUGCGGGCGGUACUUGUAUAUAGUACCGCCGGCGCUUUCGGGGCUGUCCAUUGGCUUGACGCUUUUCCUGAUGCGAGCGACGCGCGAAUUGGCAGCGAGCAUGGCGUCCCGUGUCGCGGCAUCCAAACCAGACGGCGGCGGUGGCGGCAGCGGCAAGCCUGAUUCAGCUAAGGAGGUUGCUGGUGACAAAAAUGUUGAGGAAGAUCGCGGCAGUGAGAGUGGAGAGAACUCUAGGGGAAGUAACCCCACGGAGACGGAGGGCAGUAGAGACGGUACAGAGUCGCGACAGUCGCCGGAGACGCCGCGGCGGCGGCCAUCAGAUUCAGCGGGCGCCGUGGGAGAGUCCUGGGUCUACGGCCAGCAGCCCAUUCGCGGCAGUGGGGUUAUGCCGCCGUCCUUGAACGAGCCACAGGAAAUGGUAGGGUUAGCGAAGUCGUUACCGCUCUACGAUACCAGAGUGCUGCCCGCGCCUGAAGGAGUGGCUGAUGUGCACAGCAUGAGCAGUGGUGGUCUGCCAUCGCCGUCGGUGAUACGCAGGAAUUUGGGGGUUGUUACAGCCAACCAGCCAUCGUGGUCUGAUUUGGGCAGAGAGACGACAACCGUGGGACUCGGUGGGAGGGGCUGUCGCGGCAGCGGCGGCUCCGUCAGGUCACCUCUAACCCCUCAGGACCAUGGCAAAGAGCGUACGGUUAGUGUUGGCGCCGGGGGCCCCGUUGCAGAGUCCUUAGCGUCGCCGGCGACGGACAACUGUAUGGAUUUAGCAGCAGUGACGGCAGUGGAGGCGGCUGAAAGGCAGGAGCGACACAACCGCGGGGGCCUUGUGGGCUGGCUAUAUGGACACGGGACAACAUUGGCGGCAACAUCGCCUGUGGGGACCCUGCUCCCGGCGUCCCCCUACGGCUUACAGCACCAUGUACAUGGCCACGGUGCCGUCGCCGGCGCAACACGUGCUAGCGCGUUUCUAUCAUCCAGCUUCACGUUGUACAGGCCUAGGACUUACUUUGAGCCCGGAUCCAGUUUAGGUUCAGUGCAUGACGCGGAGAGCCAGGCUUGUGAAGCCUUAGGUGGAUGCGGCGGCACCGCCGCCACCGCCGCAGCGGCAACUUCAGUACCCCUUGCAGUAGGCAUGGAUAGCUACGCUGGAGCAUCUUCAGGGCCAGGUCCGUUGGCGGAAGGUCGCACCCGGCAAAUGGCCGUGCCGCACACUCCAUCCAGCAGACUGCAGAGGCAGUCUUCACCGUCGCAGCUGCGAUCGUCCAGUCAGGACCGCCGUGGCUGGUCGUCGACAGGCGGUGCUAGCCGCGGCGGCAACGGCGAUUAUGAGUCCAGUCGCGCUUCAUCACCCUACGGUGCGCGCAUCAGACGCGGCGAUACGGAAGAGGAAUCACAAGACCCCACCAUCGACCGCGGCAGCGGUGAUGGCACUGCCAGGAACACCAGUCGUUCCUUUAAGAAUAGCCAAAGCCGCCGUGCAGCCAGCCGGCCGGGACCCGUAUCGGUCGUACAUGGAACAUCUCCCAGCGGCUUUUCUCCACGCGCGGUGCCGUCCCCUGUGUCACCAUACCGCGGCGGUACCCGCAGGCGCAGCAGUGGUGACGACGUCGAUGACAACGACGCGUACGUGCCAUACAGCCCUGUGGAGCCAAUGCGGCAGGACCGUUCACUCGUGAACUCCGCCUCGUCCCGAGGGUCGGUCCGGUCUCGCGCCGCGGCCGAGGCGGGUCCCAGCAGCCCCAACGCGCAGAGCGGCCAGCUGCGCGGUGGACGGUUACCGGCCCAACAGGAAUUUCCUGGGUCAAUGGAUUCACGGGUCAAAGACGUACCCUCGCCCAUGGCUAAUAGCCCCUCGCGGCGCGGCGGCCCCUGGCUGGAGGAUCGCCUGGCGGCGCUCGCCACGAUGUCCGCGUCCAGCCGCGUGCCACCAUCAGCCACCGCAGCCGGCACCUGGCCCAACCCCGCCGCAGCGACGGCGAUGGGGAUGCCGGGACCGACACCGCAGCGACACGGAGGAGGGACAGCGCAUGCUGGUGGUGCGCAUACCGGCGGUGCAGGCAUGCCGCGUCUGAAGCGUGAGGCGCUUCGUGUUGUAAAUCAGUACCUGCGGGAAUACGCGCUUGGAAAGAAAGGGUCAGGCUGGUGCGCCCGCGCUGGGCGCACCGUGCUCAGCUUCAUCGCCGUGCUGAUGGUUUACACCCCUUUGGCACCGCUAGCGGUGCCGGUCGUGCUGCUGGUAGCGCUCGUCAUCGUCGUGCAUAGCGCUGUGAGUGCUAUCGUGGCGGCUAUCGUCGCCACCUGGCGCUGGUGCGGCCGCCGGCUGCAGAACCAGCUUCACACCACAUCCGGCACCGCUGCCGGCUGCUGCUGCUGCUGGUUUCGGAUUGGUGAAUUCGUGGGUUCUCUCCGCCUCUCCAUAAACCUUCUGGUGUCCUUACACCUGCAUGUCUCCGCAUGGGUCCUCUGCUUGCCGCUGGCGCUCUUCACGGGAGCGUUAUACGGCCUCGGAUACCUGUGGGGUAAGGACGCAGUUCCUCACCCAUGGAUGUGGCUCGCGUGCAACUCAACCUGCCUGGCGGGCGUGCUGCUGUUACUGGCGGAUCUGGCUUUUCGGAUGCCCGCCUGGGAGUACGGUGUAUGCAGGUAUCCGUACGUUGUCGUAUUACGAGCGGCGGCGGCAGCGGGGACGCCCGUGGCAACGGUAACUGCGACGGUUGCCGCGGCCGAGGCAUUACAGGACAUGCGGAGGUAG